AUGGAGGACGAGCAGUCAUUAGUCGCCGGAAGGCGGAGGAGCAGGGGAGCAGAAGCAACGGCGCGUGCGGGAGCCCUCGAACGCCUCAAAGCCCUCCGACGGGGUGGCCGACGGUCCGCAACCGGCGGAUUCCAGGUCAAAAUGGAAGAUCCUAUUUACGAUACAAUCGACGAGGACGAGUACGAAUCCCUCGUCGCGAAACGCCGCGAAGAAGUGAAAGGAUUCAUUGUUGACGAUGAUGGCAUAGGCUACGGCGACGAAGGUCAAGAAGAGGAUUGGACUCAAGCCGGUGGGCCCCCAUUGUCGGAUGAGUCGGAGGGAGAAUCGGAGAGACCGAAGAAGAAGAAGACCGAUAAGAAGGAGACGAUUACGAAAAAGCCUUCGGCUCUCUCAGCUGCCGCGGCUUUGAUGGGUAAACAACGGAUCUCUAGUAUGUUUACGUCUUCAGUAUUCAAGAAAAAUAGGGAUGAUAAGGUUAAGAAUUUGAGUUGUGAGAGUAUUGUUGAUGAUGUGAUUGCGGAGUUUGCGCCUGAUGAGGCAGAUAGAGAGAGAAGGAGGAGGGGGCAUGUCAAUUUAGCAGUUCCUGUGAAGAGGGAGCCAACUUGUUCAGUUGCGUCAGUUAAGAAUGAGAAUUUGCCUACUGAAGGUGUUAAUUCGAUGGGUAGGUCUGAGAUCAGACUUGCUAAUGAAACCAAUAAUCCAAUUGUUAGGCCUGAGACUAGUAACGAUCAUACACAUGGUGAGCCUCUCUUCAGUAAUGUGCAAGAGAGUGGUAAAAUUGAGGAAAGAGAUUCAUCAGGGGAAUGUGAAAAUGGGAAAGAUUUAAAUACCGAAAUGAGUAAUGAAUCGGUGGUGAAAUUGUGCGAUUCAUCAGUUAAGAAGAGUGAGAUUGAGGAUGGCUUGUUGAAUGGUGUUGAAAUGAAGGCCGAGCCAGGAUUUAAGAAGGAGUUUUUUACUCUCAAUGCAAAGAUUGAAGAGGAGAAAGAUCUGGCAUUGAGUGCCACAGCUGGGUGGCAGGCAGUGAGGAGUAUGGGUAAUGGUGGUAUUGAUUGCAAUGGGGCGGAGGUGAAUCCCACUGAUGAAAAAUCGGAUUUUGAACUGGAUUCUGAUGGUUCACUGCCAUUUUACAUACUUGAUGCUCAUGAGGAGUUUUAUGGGGCUAACCCAGGCAAUCUCUAUCUCUUCGGGAAGGUCAAAGUGGGCAGGACAUAUCACAGCUGCUGUGUGGUCGUAAAGAACAUGCAGAGAUGCGUCUAUGCAAUCCCCAUUGGUUCUCUGUUUGAGAACGACACAAUUGUUAAACUUGAGAAAGAUGCCGGAGAAUCUCGAAUUUCACCAACAACUUUUCGUACUAAGCUACAUGAGAUGGCAUCAGAAUUAAAGACUGAAAUAACAAAACAGUUACUAGAACGUAAUGUUUCAAGUUUCAGCAUGGCUCCUGUCAAGAGAAAUUAUGCAUUUGAGCGAUCUGACAUACCUCUUGGGGAGAAUUACAUCCUUAAAAUCAAUUAUCCAUUUAAGGACCCGCCACUACCGACAGAUCUUAAGGGAGUAACUUUCUGUGCUUUGCUUGGAACUCACUGCAGUGCUUUGGAGCUGUUUCUUAUCAAGAGGAAGAUAAAAGGACCUUCGUGGUUAUCAGUUUCAAAAUUCUCCAGCUGUCCAGCUCCUCAGCGUGUAAGCUGGUGCAAAUUUGAGGUUACUGUUGAUUGUCCAAAGGAUAUCCAAGUGUCAACUUCCUCAAAGAAUAGUGCAGAGAUUCCUCCAGUGGUUGUUACAGCAUUAAAUCUGAAAACCUUCAUUAAUGAGAAACAGAAAGUCAAUGAAAUUGUCUCUGCAUCUGCAAUCUGUUGUCAUAAGGCCAAGAUUGACACUCCAAUGUUAGCCUCUGAAUGGAAAAGAACUGGCAUGCUUAGCCAUUUUACAGUACUGCGUAAGCUUGAUGGAGGCAUAUUUCCAAUGGGAUUUACCAAAGAGGCAGCAGAUAGAAAUUCAAAGGCGGGAUCAAAUGUCAUUAGUUUUGAAAGCAGGCAGUUUUUUAGAUGUCAACUUAUCUGUGAAAGAGCUUUGUUGAACCGUUUCCUGAUUGAAUUACACAACUUGGAUAGCGAUGUACUUGUGGGGCACAAUAUAUCUGGGUUCGACCUGGAUGUUCUUCUUCACAGAGCUCAGGCUUGCAGAGUGCCUAGCAAUAUGUGGUCCAAACUAGGCCGUCUCAAGCGCUCAGUCAUGCCUAAGCUUACCAAAGGAAACACCACUUUUGGUUCCGGAGCAAGUCCAGGGAUCAUGUCUUGCAUUGCAGGCAGGCUUUUAUGUGAUACCUUUCUGUGUGCUCGUGACCUAUUAAAAGAGGUUAGCUAUUCUCUAACACAACUUGCAAAGACUCAGCUAAACAAGGAUCGGAAGGAGAUUGCUCCACGUGAUAUUCCAAGGAUGUUUCAGAAUUCCGGAUCCCUUAUGGAACUUAUAGAAUAUGGUGAGACAGAUGCAUGGUUAUCAAUGGAACUCAUGUUCCAUUUGAGUGUUCUUCCCCUCACACGUCAGUUGACUAACAUAAGUGGUAAUCUCUGGGGGAAAACUCUGCAGGGUGCUAGGGCCCAAAGAGUAGAAUAUCUCUUGUUGCAUGCGUUCCAUGCGAAGAAAUUUAUUGUUCCCGACAAGUUCUCUUCUCAGUUAAAGGUUUUGAAAGUGACAAAACGUAAAUUGAAUCAUGAUGCUGAAGACAAAGCAAUUGAUGAUUUGGAUGUUGAUGAUGCUGAGAUUGAGUCUCCACAUAAUGAACAAGAGAAAACGAGAAAGGGGCCUGCUUAUUCGGGUGGGUUGGUGUUGGAGCCAAAAAGAGGUCUAUAUGAUAAGUAUAUAUUACUUCUGGACUUCAACAGUCUCUACCCCUCCAUCAUUCAGGAGUACAAUAUAUGCUUCACAACUGUUCAAAGAUCUCCGGAUGGAUCUGUUCCCCGCUUACCAUCUAAUAAAAGGCCUGGACUGCUACCCGAGUUGCUGAAAAAUUUGGUUGAGAGAAGGAGAAUGGUGAAGUCAUGGUUAAAAACUGCAUCUGGUCUGAAGGUCCAACAGCUUGACAUACAACAGCAAGCGCUGAAGCUCACUGCAAAUAG